AUGGCCAAAUCAAAAACGACAGCCACAACAACACCUUCAUCAAACAGCUUGGGGUCCAGGACACUGAUCUUCGACAAUGGCGCCCACACCAUAAAAGCCGGCUUCAGCACUCCCGGAACUGCCCCAUCUGUUGAGGACUGCCACCUGAUCCCCAACUGCAUAUCUCGCUCCCAGCGCGACAAAUUGACUUAUGUGGGCGCCGAUCUCGACACCUGCGGCGACUUUGGCGAACUACAGAUCCGCCGGCCCGUCGAGAAGGGCUACAUAGUGAACUGGGAAGGCGAGAAAGCCGUCUGGGAGCGCACGAUAUUCGACAAACGAAGUCCGCUACAAUGCUCUCCCCAUGAAAAUAACCUAAUACUAACGGAAGCGUCAAGUGCGCCGGGAGCGCUGCAGAGGAAUGCAGAUGAGAUUGUGUUUGAGGAGUUUGAGUUUGCGGGUUUGUGGAGGGGUGUCGGGGCGGGAUUGAAUGCGUACUCACAUGGAGAGGAUGGGAAGGCGGCGGAGAGUAUGAUGGUUGUGGAUGCUGGACAUUCACACACUAUGAUCACGCCACUAUUUCAUGGACGGCCGAUCCACCCGGCGUGUAGGAGGUUGGAGGUUGGUGGCAAACUUCUAACGAACCAUCUAAAGGACCAGCUGAGUCGGACAAUGGAUAUGCAUCGCGAGGAGUGGAUCUGUCAGGAAAUCAAGGAGGAUGUAUGCUACGUGUCCAGUGAUUCGAGUGAUUUUGCCCGAAGCUUGGAGCGGGUAUGGAAAGGAGGACAGAAGGAUCCGAGAGAGGUUGACGCAAGCAUUGUCGUCGACUAUGUGCUCCCAGAUUACGAACAGCUAAAGCGAGGUUUCGCACGACCGCACGAUCCCAGCAAAGGCGCAAAGAUGCGACGCCUGGGAAUCGGCGGUGCAAGCGAGAUGGUUCUGCCAGUUGGGAAUGAAAGGUUCACAGUGCCAGAGGUAAUCUUCACACCCAGCGACAUUGGGAUGCAGCAAGAGGGCAUCGCCGGGGCUAUCAUGCAGAGCUUGAACGCCCUCCCACAAGGUCUCUGGCAGUCGUUUCUGGCGAAUAUCCUGGUGGUUGGCGGAACUAGCAAACUUCCAGGUUUCGUCGAGCGCCUCGAAGCUGAUAUUCGAAGCAAGAUCGAUGAUAGCUAUCUCGUGCGCGUGACUCGCGCUGACGAUCCGCUGAAGAAUGCAUGGCUCGGUGGCGCACGGAUCGCGCAGAACGAAGAUCUGCUGAGAUCGAUGAUGGUGACGAAAGGGGAAUACUUUGAGCAUGGCGAUCUGUGGACAAGACGAAAGUUCGCAGGCAAGGUCGCAAGAUGA